GCCGCUGCACCAGAUUUUCUUCUCUCUUCUUCUUCUUCUUCUUCUUCUUCCUCCCUCGUUCUUUCUUUUCUUCUUUCUUUUUCCUUUUCCUUCUUCUUCGCCCAACCUGCUACUCUGCUCCGGUGACUGCUGAACCGCCGGUUCGAACCGUAUAAAAACCGGGAGGUUCCGGUUUGAAGGUUCCAACCGCCUGUUCGAGUCUACAUAGCUUCUUCCCUUUUCUCUCCGUACAUUUUCAUCGACGAUUCUUCAAUCUCGAAGCAGUCUUUCGCUGAUUCUCGCUUUGUUUCUUGCAAUCAUUGUAGGUUAAAUAAGUCUGAAUUGAUUGUUACUGGUUUGUUGCGAUUGUAUUGAAUCUACGGAUUGGCAUGAAGCGAGGGUAUCAAGAAUCUUCAUCCUCGGGGGCUUAUCAGCCUCCUCACUCCAAAUUCAAGCAAAAUCCUGAAGGUGAUGCUCAAUUUCUGGAGGAUGAGAGCACAAAGAUAUUUGCGAAGAAAGUGGCCGACCAUUAUAGUGCAAGAACGAAUCAAACUCUUGAAGAGCGAGAAGCGAGCCCCAUCAUUCGAUUGAAGAAGCUUAAUAAUUGGAUAAAGAGUGUUUUAAUUCAGCUCUUUGCUAAAAAGGGAGACACUGUGCUUGAUCUGGCUUGCGGAAAGGGUGGUGAUCUCAUCAAAUGGGACAAAGCAAGAAUUGGUUAUUACGUUGGCAUUGACAUAGCCGAAGGCUCGAUUGAAGAUUGCCGGACACGAUAUAAUGGCGAUGCAGACCAUCACCAGCGUCGCAAAAAGUUCUCAUUUCCUGCCCGACUUAUAUGUGGUGACUGCUUUGAGGUUCAGCUGGACAAGGUUUUGGCUGAAGAUGCUCCAUUUGAUAUUUGUAGCUGUCAGUUUGCCAUGCAUUACUCCUGGUCCACCGAGGCACGUGCUAGGCGGGCAUUGGCUAAUGUUUCGGCUCUACUUCGGCCAGGAGGCAUUUUUGUUGGAACUAUGCCAGAUGCAAAUGUCAUAGUAAAAAAGCUUAGAGAAGCUGAAGGACUAGAGUUUGGCAAUAAUGUUUACUGGAUACAGUUUGACGAAGAAUAUAAAAACAAGAAAUUUAAGUCGUCAAGUCCCUUCGGCAUCAAGUACAAGUUCCAUCUAGAGGAUGCCGUUGAUUGUCCUGAGUGGAUUGUCUCUUUCCAUGUCUUCAAAGCAUUGGCUGAGGAGUAUGAUCUGGAGUUGGUCUUUGUCAAGAACUCUCAUGCGUUUGUAGAUGAGUACAUGAAAAAGCCAGAUUUUGUUGAGCUCAUGCGAAGACUCGGUGCUCUAGGAGACGGUAAAGAUGACCAAGGCACAUUGUCACCAGACGAAUGGGAGGCAGCAUACUUAUAUCUGGCAUUUGUUUUGAGAAAGAGAGGACAACCGGACCAAACCCGAGUCAACGCAAGACGAGACAAAGGGAAAAUGCACCUUUCGAAAGAGGAUAUUGUGUACAUCAAUGACGAAACAUGAAAUUUCCAACGAGCUACGGGCAUUACUUAUUCAUUCUGAUUCGCCUCCGUAUAAAAGCAGCGCAUCGAUGAAAAAACCAAACCGGGUGAGUUCGACAUCCUUAUCUGUUAUGUCUUAGUAGUUCCUUUACUGUAAUGUUUGACAUAUUCACCUGUGGAUCAGAUAAAAGAUUUUUGGCACAUGGGAUUAAUUUAAUUUAGAAUUGUGUUGGUGAAUGUUUGAAAAACUAGUUGAAAUGUUGCUUAAUUGUGUUGAAAA